AUGCUGGACCAACAUCACACCAACCUGAUCUUAAAGUUGCAUGCUGCUGUGACCAAGAUCCAGGUUCCAAGGCCUGGUUUCAAUUACACGUUUGCCCACAUAUGUGUCAUGAAUAAUGAUAAGACUUGCAUCGUGGAUGACAUAGUGCAUGUGCUGGAAGAGCUAAAGAAUGUUUGGGCCACCAACCAGACCAAUUUUGCUAUCACAUACCCGAUCAUUCACUUAAAAAACGGGAGGGCCAUGUACAAUGGGCACCAGCUUGGAGGUGUCACUGUGCACAGCAAGGACCAGGUGAAAUCAGCAGAGGCCGUCCAGCUCACCUACUACCUGCAGUCAAUCAACAGCCUCAACGACAUGGUGGCUGAGAGGUCAAAGUCCAGCUUCUGCAACACUGUCCAACUAUUCCAGAAAUCCAACAGCAAAAUCAAAAUAUACCCUUACACGUCCUCCUCGAUGAUGGAAGACUUCCAGAAGACCAGCUGCGUAUCAGAACGUUACCUGGUCACCAGCCUGAUCAUGGUGGUCACCAUGGCCAUCCUCUGCUGCUCAAUGCAGGAAUGUGUCCGCAGCAAACUCGGCUUGGUGACCAUAAUCCUGGUCACUCUCACCGCAGCUGGGAUCAUCAAUCUCACUGGUGGGAAAUACAAUUCCACCUUCAUGGGUGUCCCUUUUGUCAUGCUAGGUAAUUACUGCCCUUCAUUUUUCAGGUUCCUCCUGCUGGUAAUGGUGACUGGGUUCCUAAAAGGCGAAGAGCAGCCAUCUAACAACUUUGUUUCAUUUUCAGUGUCUUCCUUUUGCCUAGAAGUCCUGGGACCAAUUGUAAAAAGUCCUGGUGGUCAGCAAGAAGCAGCCUUAUCUGGUAGAGGUGCCAGAAGUCCAAAGUCAUGA